CAAGGUUUAGUUCGAGCCUGAAAGGUAUCUUGUUUGAAAAUUUCGAUGUAAAUCAAACUUUGAAGGUAUUUUUCUAAUGUGUUCUUGAGAUCAUAGUAAGAAAAAAAGAAAUCAAUGUGAAUAAGUUCUAGACAGGAGAUCAAGGUACGGUAUUUCUGAGAAAAGAAAGAAAACAAAAACAUAGAAUGUUUACCAAAAGGAGGACCAUGUAACGGAGAGAAAAGUCACCCUCACGAAUGCGCAAUCAUGGAAACAAAUCUGUUAAUUUCAAUGAUGUUUUUGCCUUUCCACUAUUGCCAAGGGCUAAAUUUUCAGAUAAAUUUCAUCUUCGUCACCAUUAACGAAGAGAAGCAGCCAGGUUCAUUUGUGGCUCGAGCAAGGGCAGAUCCAGAUCCAGUAAGAUAUGAGCUCAGUGCGGAUGCUGGGAACCUUUUUGCUAUCGACAACACGACAGGCAUAAUAACAAUCGAAAGACGCUUUGAUAGAGAGGCUGAAAAUUACACACAAGAUACAUUCAUGGUGUACGCCUUUGAUGAUGCUGGCAAUAAGGCCUCAGCCCAAGUUUGGUUUUGGAUUCAAGAUAUCAAUGACAAUUCACCGCGCUUUCCAAGCCAACACUACAAUAUUACUGUUAAAGAGACAUGUGACGUUGAUCAACAGAUAUUCUCUGCUACAGCUUUGGAUGACGAUUUUGGAGAGAAUGCAGAAAUUCUCUAUGAAAUAGCAGAUGGAAAUGAAGAUGGAAUGUUUAAGAUCAAGGAUGCUUAUCACUGCGAUGUACUGUUGGUAAAAGCUUUGGACUUUGAGUUAAGAUCCUCAUACAAGCUCAAUAUCACAGCCUCAAAUUAUCACGAGAGCUUCUCGAAUUGGACAAUCCUGUCAAUAACAGUAGGAGAUGAGGACGAUUUGCCUGCUAAAUUCUCCUCCUUUGAGUACAGGGGAUUCGUAAGAGAGGACCGUAGUGUGGGAACGUCCAUCAUCCAAGUUACUGCGGCUGAUCAAGACAAACUAAAUGACCCAGUGACAUAUAAGAUGGUUGAGUCGACCAAUAAUCACAGUUUGUUUGUCAUCAAUGUAUCCACUGGUGUUAUCUCCUUGAAUGGAACGCUGGACAGAGAAGAUGUUUCUGAAUAUAAGCUGAGAGUGCUGGCUUACUCUACAUAUCAUCUUCCUGAUCAUGCCACAAUUGAUAUCCAGAUUGGUGAUGCAAAUGACAACUUGCCAGUCUUCUCAGCCAAGCAUUAUUCAUUUUCAAUUCAAGAGAAUGCAGGGAUUGGUGCCAUUGUUGGUGAAGUGAAAGCGAGUGAUGCUGACCAAGGAAUUAACGCCGCGUUUUCCUACGUUUCGCCGAAUGAUGGAACCCCCUUUGCCUUCGUUGCAAAUACUGGUGUCCUUGUUGUGAAUGGGUCGCUAAACCGUGAAAAGCAAGACCGCUAUACCUUCUUGGUAUUCGUCAAAGAAUUUCAAACUGUCGAAAAGUAUAGCAGCAACACCACGGUGAUUGUUACAGUGGAAGAUAGAAAUGACAACAGUCCACGCUUCUUGAAACCGUUCUAUGAAAUAGCAAUCCAAGAGGAGCUCCCCAGUGGAACAAAUGUCCUGCAGAUUCUGGCUAAUGACAGCGAUUCUUCAUUCAAUGCUUUAAUCGUCUACAGUCUUGUUCCAGAUCUGAACUAUCAUUAUCUAGAUUUUGUCAUUAAUCCUAUCAAUGGAUCAAUAACAACCACAAAACCACUUGAUCGGGAGAACAUCAGUAUUUACUACCUGACAGUGACGGCGGAAAAUAGCGCAUUGAACACGCAGACUAGGUCGAGCACGGUACCAGUCAAAAUCAACGUUGAAGACAUCAAUGAUAACUUUCCUCUAUUUGGCCAGGCCUUCUACACCGUCACUGUCACAGACUCUGCUGCAGUGAACACAACCUUCUUGACAGUUCAGGCCACGGACAAAGAUUUGGAUAAAAAUGCAGCGAUAGAGUAUCUCUUUCUGAAAGGAAAUUCAGGAACUGUCUUCAGUAUUGAUCAAGAAAGCGGUUCUUUAAGUGUUGCGAAAGAGCUUGAUAGAGAAAAAGUGGAAGUUUACCAUCUGAUCGUACAAGCAAAGGAUGGCGGGAAUAAGAGCACUGCUGUUAAUGUCACAGUUUUGGUGGGUGACGUCAAUGACAACUCACCCCAAUUCACCUCACUGGAUGGCCACCAGUUUUCUGUGAUAGAGGAGACCUCUGGACUGACUGUGGGAAAUAUCAAGGCAAACGACAGUGACAUAGGAAGAAAUGCUCAAAUAAUCUAUUCAUUGAUGAAUACACCAUCGUCCAAAAGUUUCAGGAUAAACUCUUCGACGGGAGAAAUUUUCACGAGCAAAGCGCUGGAUUAUGAAGUCUCUCGUUCUCACAUAUUGGUUGUGCAAGCUGAAGAUCAAGGGCUCCCGCAGUCACGAAGGACAGCGGUACAAGUGUCAAUCAAUGUUAUUGAUAUCAAUGAUAAUGCACCAAAAUUCUUCAACGUGCAACCUGAUGUGAAAGAACUUAAAAAUCUUCUGGCUUGCAUCGCAUACAACACAACGGAAUCCACUGUUUUCCGAGUGCAAGAUUUGACUCCUGCCAACACUGAGAUUGGCAGAGUGACAGCCUUUGACAGAGACAGCAGUGUCAACUCUAAGAUAUCUUAUCACAUUGAAGGUAAUGGAUCAAAAGUCUUUUCUAUUGAAAAUCAUACUGGGAUUAUUUAUGCAAAGCAACAACUGAAACGAGUUGAAAACCAAAUCUACAACUUGACUAUAAUCGCUGAGAACUCCUUAGCAUCUCCCAAGUUGUGGUCAACGAUGAAAGUCCAAGUGAUUGUGUAUGGCUUGAGUAGAAAAACACCACAGUUUACCGCUAGUGAAUAUCAUGCGGAGAUAUCAGAGGCUGCUACAGUCGGAACACCUGUGAUUCAAAUCAAUAUUACUAAUAACGUACAGGCUACUGCAUAUUUUGUGUUCAAAGUCUUACAUGACCAAAGUAGCGCGGGCUCAAGGAAGUUUACGAUAGAGCCUGAGAGAGGACUCAUCACCACUCAGGGAGAACUGGAUCGAGAAAUAACCGCUAACUACUCUCUGAUGGUCGAGGCAAAACUGUUAAAUCCAGAUCCUGUGCUUCAAGUGGUGUCAAGCGCGGUGCCCGUGUUUAUAAACAUCAGUGAUGAGGAUGAUAACAAGCCUCGGUUCCUCCAGCGCUCCUACCGGUUCUCUUCUGGCGAGUUGUCUAGAGUCGGUGACUUAGUAGGACAAGUAAAAGCCGUGGACAUCGACGGAGAACAUCAGUCAGAUGUGUUUUAUGAAAUUGCAAGCGGCAACGAGAAAGGUCUUUUCAAUAUCAGUGAGUAUCACGGAACAGUUUAUGUCAAGCAGGGUUUGGGAAAUGAAGCGGCUUCAUCCGUCCAAUUGCUGAUACGAGCACUUAAUUCACCUGUAGGACUGGGUAACAGGAAACGAAGAGACGGAGCUGUAGCUUUCGACGAGGUUUCAGCCACAAUUGAGAUUCAGGAUGAGAACAACAACCCUCCUGCGUUCAUCCAAUCACAAUUCAUCGGAGGUUUUUACGAAGGUGAAGCCACAAGGAACACGAACGUGGUAACCAUCCAGGCAUCAGACAAAGAUUUCGGCGCUUAUGGUUCUGUUCGGUACUCUAUCGUACAUGAAGAGACACCUGGAUUGUUCUUAUUGGACAAUACCACUGGUGACGUAGUACUUUCCAAUCUCUCGGACCAGGUCACUGGGAAGUUACUUUAUGUUCUGACCGUUUCUGCCGUGGACAACCAAGGAAAAGUACCAAGCAACAGGGCAAAUGAAAAUGCAUCUGUUCUUAUUUUUGUCCUCUCUGAUUCAAAAAAGCUGUCACUUGAGCUUGGUGUUCCUUCUGUAUUUGUCCGAGAAAAGAGAAGCGAAAUUAAAAGUAUGCUGCGCAAUCUCACUGGAGGGACCGUGAUGAUGAAAAACAUCACAGGGACUGAGGAUGGAAGCACACUCAUCUAUUUUCAUGCUAUUGAUAACCAUAGCCUGUCUUUGUUAACUCGGGAUGAGUUUAUGAGUCGCCUGCGAAAUAAAACCGACCUGAUCAACGAUGUUUUUCGAAAAUGGAAUAUACGUGUUCCUCUUGUUGGGACAGCAGAUGCGUCCAGGGACUCAAGGGAGGAGUUCAGUAUCCUGAUAGCUGUAAUGCUGUUGCUGUCUGGCUGUAUCGGAGUGGGGGCAAUCAUUAGCAUUUUAAUAGCCAGGAAAAAGAGGAAACGGCAAAAGAGAGCCUACAAGACAACUGGUGAAUCACCAUAUCCACUUACGACGCCUUGGUAUUUGAUGGAUAUGCCCGGCACAGGAGUAUUUUCUGAGUCCAAAGCAGAUGGAACUCGACGACCUUUUAGAGACAAUACGAAGUAUACGGUUCAGAAAGUUCCAACAAACCAGGGCGAAUUCAGUCUUCUUCGUACACCAUUGAGAUCAAGUGGUUCCUACAAAGUAAGAAACCAACAGAGGAAAAGAUUUAAGGAGCAGAGAAGAGGAGCUGUUUCUUUAAAUCAUUAUGAAUUCGCCCCUAAUCACCACUCGAACAGCAGUGAAAUUGAUGGAAGCCAUGACGUAGUAGACAAUUUUGCAAGAGACACCUCAACGAUUGUAGAAAACAUGGCGAGCCAUGGCAAUGAAGGAUUUGAUCGCAGUCAGGGCCAUGAGAGGAGCGAAGAGAAGCCCAUGGAACGUCAGAUGGUUUGUGAAUUAGGCGAGGAUACGCCUUGUCAGUUAAGAAGAGCAACGAACACAGUUCGGAGAGUGAGGUUCGAUUUGCGCGGGACAGAAGACAGAAAAGGAGAAAAACGAACAGCCAGGAAAAAUUUUCCUGAUAUUGUUGUGAUCAGUGAAGAAGCAGAUGGAAGCUAUCAGCUUGAUGAACAUGAGAUGAAGAGAUUCUGUGAUAACGAGGAAGCUAACGAUGAAGAUGACAAAGGAAAAAACCCGAUUGACGUAGGUUCUAUGUUUGAAAACACAAGGAGAUCAGCUAGCGUGGCCGCCAUAAACGAUGAUGAAGGAACCGUGGUGGAGAUUUAGCAAAAUUUUUACUCCUUUCUAAAGAUUAAGCUGAAGGAACUGUCUGCAAAAGGACUUUUAUAUCAUCUUUCAUUUUGUCCAUCCUAUGCAGUGAUUUCCUCUUGAUGCACGGGAAUGUUUUUCACAUUUUUGGGGAGUUAUACUUUUGCGCGUUUUGUAUUUAGCUUCACUUUAAGUCAGUAUUUAGCCAACUCUGUACCAACCUAAUAGCCGUUUGAUUGAAGGGCCUAAGCUCAAAGUUUCACUUCAUUUGAUUUCUCUUGAACUAGAACUUGUACCGUAGUUUUUGGGUCAUUUUCACUGAUCUCGGCUUGUAUUUAACUAUGAAGUCCACGUUUUUUUUUUCAUACAAACAAGUUCUCAGGGUUUGAACUCACCGUUGGUAGAUAAAAGUAAUGACCAGGCGCGAAUUAUGUACUGGAAAUAGUUUUGUUCGGCAAGUUCGAACCAAGUUGUAUGCACUGAUUCUUACGAAGUGAGUUUGCUAGUGGAAAUAGAUGAUGAUUCUUUUUGUGUAGUUAGUUAGGUAUUUGGUAUUUGUGAUCCCUUACUACAAAACGCGCUUAGUGAAACAUCGGCUGAAUUUAGCAAAUGGACCUGCAUUGUAAAUUGUCUUUAAUGCGAUAGAAUGCUCAUCAUGAUAAGUGCGCGCUCAUUAAAAGCAUUUAAAUGAUCUAA